UUCGUUCCCCUCGUCAAUCCCGUAAAAAAAGAAAAGGAAAAAGAAAAAAAAAACCCUCAAAUGGCGAGAAGAAGAUUAAUCGCGGCGGCGAUCGCAAUCGCGGCCGUGACGCUGGCGGCUGCGGCGGAAGGAUACGGCGGAAGAUUGGGCGGAAGGACGGAGAUCGAAGACGUGAGAACGAACGAGGAGGUGCAGGAAUUAGGGCGAUUCUGCGUGGAGGAGUACAAUCGGCGGAGGAACGGCGGCGGAGAGGUGAGAUUCAGGGCGGUGGUGGCGGCGGAGAAGCAGGUGGUGGCCGGAAUGAAGUAUUAUCUGAAGAUCUCCGGGAGCGUGAAGGGGGAGAGUGAAAUGUUGUUCGAUUCGAUCGUGAUUGUGAAGCCCUGGCUUCGCUCUAAGCAACUCCUCCAUUUUUCGCCCUCCACAAUUUUGAUCGCCAACAAAUUUUGAAUUUCUGUGUUUUUGUUGUGUGUGAAGUUUGUGAAAAUGCAUAAUAAAGAAAAUAAAAAUCGUGCUAUGUAAUGUAGCUUUUUCUUUUUUCGACAUGUUAGGACAAAAUAGUUUUAAUUAUAACACUUGAGCUAAGUUCUAAGCUUA